CUCCCCAGACCCCACUUGUGGGAUUAUACUGGGUCGUUAUUGUUGUUGUUGUUGUUGCAACAUCUGCAUGUGGUCUUUGUGGUUCUUGACAAAACACACUUAACCCUCAAUAAAUGAAUUUCAGGCUUUUGAGAUCCCUCCAUAAAUUAAUUCUUACAAACCUAAUGUAUUGCUGAUACAUGAGCAAUGUGAGUAUUACAUGUUCUGGUAAGUGUUUUAUUUUAUUCUUCAUAUUUUCAGGGUAAAUCUCUUCUUCUUUUUCUUGGGCAUGUUUUUCAUCCUUCUCAUUUUUGCAAUUUCAUGUUCUCUAUCAAAAUUGCUUUGUUAGUAUAUCAGGUUUAGUAGCCAAACUUCCUUUGACUUGAUAGGGUCUAUUAGGAGGGAUCAAAUACAAAAUUAGAUAAUUCGAAAGAACGUUCCUUGCUGCAAACAUUCUUACAAGAAGUGUCAUGUGGAAAACUUCACAUGUUUGAGGCAACCUUCGAAUGUAAACAGAGUGCCUAGCAUGUUCACGAACACAUUGGCAACAAAUUCGUCCAUUGUGUUUAAGCAUGGUACGGACAUGUAAGCUUUUCUUGUCAGAUGCCAUGUUUCAAACACAUUUCUCCCACGAGGUGCGUGAAAUUAUCUCAAGACUGUGGCAACUUAAGUGGGAGCUUUUUGCAACUUUUUGGCCUUACUUCAUAGUUAUGGUCGCUUUCAUUACCUUUGUUUGUUGGAACGGGAGUAUAGUUCUUGGUGCAAAAGAGGCUCAUACAGUUUCUCCACAUUUUGCACAAUUGAUGUAUUUUAGCUUGGUAUCUGCCCUGUUUAUGACUCCCGUGCACUUCACAAUUAGGCAAGCUGCAAUGCUAGCUCAGUCCUUCUGGAAGAAAAAUAAGCUAGUCAAUUUCUUUGAGUUGUGUACGGCGUUAAUCGUUGGGUUCUUCUCAGUGCACUUUUUCAGCAUUGCCCACCCUUAUCUCGUUGCUGACAAUCGACACUAUCCCUUUUAUCUCUGGAGAAAAGUAAUCAAAUUUCAUUGGACAAUGAAGUACCUUCUGGUUCCACUCUAUGUGUAUUCAUGGAUAUCCAUCUUCAAUAUCUUGGCUAAAAGUCAGAGGAAGACAUGGGUACUAGUAUAUUUUUUGGCUACCGCUGCGACAUUGAUUCCUGCUCCACUUAUAGAGUUCAGAUAUUAUACCAUUCCAUUCUUUUUCUUGAUCCUCCACUCUCAUGUUGAUGAUGACAGAAGCUGGCUUCUGAUGGGAGUCCUGUAUGUUUCCAUCAAUUUUUUCACUAUGUAUAUGUUCUUGUUCCGGCCGUUUUCUUGGGUCCAUGAGACUGGUGUACAGAGAUUUAUAUGGUAGCAAGUCAGACACUUUGGAGAACUUAAGUGGUUUAAAUUUGCUGCACCAGUAUUCUGGCUGUACCUGCUGACCCCAAUUGGCCAAUUUGCUCAUUCAUCUGGCAAGCAUAAAGUUCACAAGGCACUAUUACACCUAUUCUACUUUUGACAGGCAGUUAGGAUCAUUCUUUUUUUGUAAGUUUAGGGGGAACUGGUAUACUAUAUCAUUGAGAAUGAUGAUCUAGCUGGCCUAUCAAAUUUUGGUAGAUGUUGUCGUUGAUAUUGUACCAAAAAAAAGGCAGUUCGGUGCACGAAGCAUCCUGCAUUCACGCGGGAAAGGGUCAAGUCGUUGAUAUUGUACAAUUACUAUUUUAGCAUCAGAAUGAGUGGUGAAAGGAACUUUUUAUCGAAACAAGUUGCUAACCAUUGAGGUUAGUUACUAGCUCAUUAUAUCAAA